GGUGGGAUAACAUCCUGCAGACUGAUAGUGUUUGGCCAAUCAUCGCUCUCCCUGCGUUGGAUUACUGAGCUCUUGUCCAAUCAGCUGCGCGCUCUGCUAGCGCGUCACAAGCGUAACGGCCAAUAGGCAUCGCGUAGGUCUCGCUGAAGCAGGAGUUCCCUGUAGCUGUGCAUUGAGGAUUAAUGGAAGGGGUCUGACUGUCGAAUUAUGCGAGCUACAUAGUGCACACGACCGAAUUGCUUCAUCAACAUAAACAAGCAAACGAUCACGCUACCGAAAAGGUUUGGCGAAGUCGGCGUGCUGCGACCGGAAUCGCGCGCGGACGGUGAAAACAAGGGCUCGUGGCGCUCAAGAGGAAAGUCGAGGGCCUCGCUGAGGGUUAGCAGAGCGAGAGAAGGAGAAGAAGACGGGCUCUUAGUGCUAUUUCAGCGGACCGGACCCGACCCAGGAGAGCUGAGAGACGUUACCAAAACCGAAGUUCUGCAACCAGACAGCUACUGUUAGCUAGCUAGCGCUCGCUCGCUAGCUAACUAACCAGCUACUAUCAACCUCCAGACUUUAUGUGGUCUGACAGCGUACUGCGAUCCAGCGAGUUAUGAUCAGACAUAGCUAGUGCAACGGACGCAGAAAUCGUAUGAGCAGUAAGGGGACGGAGUCUGAAGACAGUUGGCGUCAAGACAAGUCGAUUUAGAUCUGUUAUACCUGGCCUGCAAUCAUGGGCAACGCGCCCACCGCCAAGAACAAGGGCAAUGAGAUGGAGAGCGUUAAGGAGUUUCUUGCUAAAGCCAAAGAAGAGUUCCUAAAGAAAUGGGAGAACCCAGCACAGAAUACUGCAUCUCUGGACCAUUUUGAGAGGUUGAAGACUCUAGGCACUGGCUCGUUUGGACGAGUCAUGCUAGUCAAGCACAAAGAGUCAGGCCAGCAUUUUGCCAUGAAGAUCCUCGACAAACAGAAGGUGGUUAAACUGAAACAGAUAGAACACACACUGAAUGAGAAACGCAUCCUGCAGGCCGUCAGCUUCCCAUUCCUUGUGCGAUUGGAGCACUCGUUCAAGGACAAUACUAACCUGUAUAUGGUAAUGGAGUAUGUUCCUGGAGGAGAGAUGUUCUCUCACUUACGUAGAAUCGGACGGUUUAGUGAGCCUCAUGCCCGAUUCUACGCCGCCCAGAUAGUUCUGACCUUUGAAUACCUUCACUCACUUGAUCUAAUCUACCGAGAUCUGAAGCCUGAAAACCUGCUCAUAGACCAGCAGGGCUACAUACAGGUAACAGAUUUUGGAUUUGCUAAACGUGUAAAGGGCAGGACCUGGACACUGUGUGGCACACCCGAGUACCUGGCGCCAGAAAUCAUCCUCAGUAAAGGUUAUAAUAAAGCAGUGGACUGGUGGGCUCUGGGAGUGCUGAUCUAUGAAAUGGCUGCCGGUUACCCUCCGUUCUUUGCCGACCAGCCCAUCCAGAUCUACGAGAAGAUUGUUUCUGGGAAGGUUCGCUUCCCCUCACAUUUUAGCUCUGACCUGAAGGACCUGCUGAGGAACCUGCUGCAGGUAGAUCUGACGAAGCGCUUCGGUAACCUCAAGAACGGCGUCAACGACAUCAAGGGCCACAAAUGGUUUGCAACCACCGACUGGAUUGCAAUCUACCAGAAGAAGGUGGAAGCCCCCUUCAUCCCUAAGUGCAAAGGCCCCGGUGACACCAGCAACUUUGACGACUACGAGGAAGAAGAAAUCCGGGUCUCUUUCUCAGAGAAAUGUGGAAAGGAGUUUGCUGAAUUCUAGAAGCAGCAGCGGAGGAGAGGGAUGGAGAGAAAUUAGAUGUGGGGCAACAGAGAAGAAAACGUUUUCCAGGGUGAUGAUGAUCUGAGGACUGGACUGAGCCUUAAUCGGUAACAACAACGUAGAGCCCUCAGACACAGAUGAAGGGAGAAGGAAAACGUCCUAAGAGAGACGCCAGCAGUGUUGCCUUUUCAGAUCCUUCGUCACUUGUUACUUGUCCAUUUUCAUGUUUUCCCUCUUGUUUGGUAGCCAGGGUCCAUUGGGCAGAGAUUCGGUCACUUCUCUGUGACUGGCUGGCAUGGGUAUAUUUGUGACUUCUUCUUUUUUUUGUUUUUCCAGGGAUAUAGCGUUUACUUACUGGUACUGAAUUUUGGCAUCUCCAGAGAAUUUAUUUUUUUUUAAUUAGCAAAGGUGUCCUUGCUCUGUAGUUCUCCACGCUGUCACAUCAUGUUUACUUCCUGUGCACCUAUUGGCACCCAAUACCAAAUCAAACCAACUUACAACGUUCAAGAGUUCUGGCUUUUUGUUUGACGCGUCACCCAUUUCUCAUUUGGAUCUCAAGCAUCACACUACCAUUCUUCAAUUUUGUCAUCGCAUAUUAAUUGCCUAGAGUGCUCUAAGAUCAGGCAGAAUCAGCCGCUUAGUGUAAAGAUUGUUGAUUUGGAUCAUCAUUCGUCAUUCUCUAGAUCAUUUAGUGUAUUUUAAGCCAGUAUGUUUGUAUUUAAGCCAAUAGAAUGUGCUUUGGGUUGAAAGUGGCCACUGAAAAGACCGUAACACUACUUUAAAUUACACAUCGGUAGCAUGUAAGCAUACUUGAAGCUCCAAAUCCAUUAUUUUACACGUGUUCGCAGAUGGCUUUGAUUCUAAGAUACAGUUCCAGAGAUAAACUAACAAAAAUCCGAACUGAAGGAAUACAAUGAAUUAACAGCGAGCACAAAGGCUUGUAAUACAGCUGGUUGUUUUUAAAAAUAUGCUUUUAAAGGAAAACGUUAAAGGAGAGCACUGUUUCUGUGGUUACACUGGGUUCCUGAUGGAUGUUUUUUUUGUUUGUUUUAUUAUUAUUAUUAUUUUCUGCCGUGUCGCCUGCUGGUGACCAAACCCUUUGUUUAAUUGAACAGUCUGGUAUUUUUAAUUAUCCUUACCGACAAUAAGAAUAAUCUUCUCCUGACAUGAAAGUUGUUUGAAAAUUAGGCCGAUUUCCAAUACGUUUUAACUCUCUAAGGCUUGACUAAUCAAUCUCCAUUUCUGCUUCAAAUAAGCUUGUUGUUCAUGUCGACUUUAUUGUGUGCUAUUAAGAUAUCGACCAGUUAGUGAAGGUCCAUUCGGUCGUCCGACGAACUGAUCAAAAUUUGUUCGCUUUCUAUCUUGCUCUGUAACUUUGUUGGAUGCAAGACAAUCUAAACGCAAAAGUCCCCAUGAUUAUUAUGUUGUUGUUGUUGUUUAGUUUCCAGAAGUGUGCAGUAAUGUGUAGUGUGUUGCAUAGAUUUUAUUUCGUUAUGCUUAAAAAGUUUCGCGUCGAUGAAUAUUUAAUUAGAUUGUAAAGGUAAAGUGUAACUUCUGGCUCCAAUAGUGGCACCAAACUGAACCGCAGUCUGUUUGAGUAACAGAAAGGACAUAAUAUAUUAGAAUUGAUCAAAGUCGUUAUUUUUGUGAUUUUUUUUUGUUUUUUGCUGCUGCUAGUGACGCAGAAUUGACACGCUUCACCUUUAAAACUGAGAUGCCCACCAUCGCUUAUAGCUCAGUCCUUCAGGAAUUGGCUGUUCUUUAGGUGCUGAUUUCAAAAUAGUGCAAAGUCGAUUUUUGGUUUGUUUGUUUUGGUUUGUUAUUUCACGUUAAGUAAUGUAACUUAAUUUUGUUGAAUGUGUGCGAACUACAGAUUGGUGCCAGGUUAAAAUUGGUAUUUCAAACAACUCUUUUAAUAACAGAAGUAUCGAUUGGAAACUGAACGGCUUUAAUGCCAUUUAAAUUGCAGUAUGAGAUCAAAUUACUGUUCUUUUCCCUCUUGGGAAAUGUCAUGUCAAUGUAUUCUGCCAGAUUCACAGCCAAAACACACCGGAUUGGGUCCGUUUUUGAUCAUUCGGGUGCUGAUGUAGCUUUAGAAACAUAGACGAGCAAAGGGCAUGAGUUUAUAUUUCACAAAACAUGAUGGUAGGUUUGAUUUUCUCUCCCUCAUUCUUCUCCCUGCAUUCCUAGGUUUUGCUGGGACAUUUUCUUGCCCCAUUUCUGGAGACUUUGUCAUAAAAUGGUUGUACAAACAGGAGAAACAGCUCCAUCUCUUGGUCUGAAUAGCUGGAGAACAAAACAAUCAGUGUUUAAAGAAUGCGUCUGUACGUUUAGAUUACCCAGCGGGCUCUUCUGCGCUGGUCUCGUGAUGCUAGAAGCAACGUAAGACUAUCCUCAACUGGUGUACGGAGUUAUAAUGUACAGGUUGGCGUCACGUGAGCUUUUUUCCUCAUCUUUGAGCUCGAUCGUGACAUGGAAGGGUUCUGUUUAAAGCAUCACCGUUUUACAGUGACUUUUUGGGAAAUUAUGGCUCAAAUGCACCUUUCAUUACACCUUUUUUUUGUCAGAGCAUGGAAAAAUGUGACAUUUUUGGCGGUAUUCAUAUGUCGUCCCUCUAUGUCUGGGUCCCGUCCCUUCCUUUCAGAUACAUGGGUGUCUCACAUCCUUCAGUCUGUUCAUUCACAUCGUCAGUCAUCUUUUUGUGUGUGUGUGUGUGCGCAUCAGUCCAUUAUACAGUUUGCCUUUGUACACAUCCAGUUUCCUACACACUUCUAUUUGCUUUUU